AUGUCUGUAUUGAUGAACUUUGGCCAUUCCAAUGUCGUCCAUGCGAAUGAAAAUAGUAGCUACCACCAGAAACGAUCCUCGCCUUUUCCGCCGAAAUCGCCAGACUCGGUUGCCACUGCCAAUCCUGGACGAACGAUGCCACGAAAGAAGGAUCGCAAGGUGCUCCAAGAAAGAUCAACUGGAGCAACCAACCAAGCAAGAUCUCCCAUUCCGCCUCGACCAUUAUCUCUUAGGUCUUCUCGAUCAAAGGAACGAAGAAAGAGGGAUUCUACUCGAAAAUCAAAGCCUUCUAUUUGGCGGUUUGAUGUGAACGAGGAGGAAGAGAAGAAGGAGGACUCGCACAUGUCUACAUGUCGUGUCUUGCUAACGCGUCAUUCCUUUUCGCCUGAAUUAUCGGGUCCAUCACAACACUUUCAAUGGCAAUUGCCUACCCAAAAGUCUCAUCGAAGGGCGCAGAGCUGGGAUGCAGGAGAUCAUUCGGUCUGUCUCUCGUCCAAUCAAUAUGUCAAUAGUGGGGAAGAACAAAAGUAUAAUGGCAGCGAUGAUGCUUGUCGCCAAAACUUGAAUCCAACAACUACUAGCGGUGGCCAUGUGCAAGAGCCAAGCUAUCAAGAGAACAACGCAAGACCUCGCUCGGACCAAUCACGAGAAACAUUUCAACAGCUACGAUAUGCCAUUCGAAUGGCCCGAAACAAGGCCAUGAUGGAAAACUGUUGGGCUAACUAUCAGAUUUUGGCGCAACUGUUGCGUCGAUUGGCGGGUCUCUACUUUGAACAGGAGGAAGUCUUUGCGGCGCAAGCGACUCUGGAAGAUGCCUUGGAAAUGUAUCAACAUGUAUUGGCGUGUACUAGUGGGAAUGGCAAGGAUAGUUGCUUGAUGGAAAUUGCCGAUAUCAUUUGCAAUCUUGGCAGUAUCGAAUUGCAGCACAAGAAUUUUGAACUGGCUAUUGCUCGGUUCACGGAAGCUCUGGAUCUUCAAGCCGGAAUUCUAGGGGGGAAACACCCCAAGGUCAUUGCCUCGUUGGACAAUUUGGGAUAUUCACUUUCCAAAUGCAAGUCUUACAACCAAGCACUGUUUUCUUAUACUGAUAUGUUGAAUGCUCAACUCUUGCACUAUGAAACAUUCAAUGCCGAGUGCUAUGAAACUCUUGGAAAACAGCUAUUGAUGUAUGAAAAGUUGAAUGAUUGGAAGGGAGCGACAAAGGCUGUCAAGCGAGCACUGGAGAAGGCUUUGAAUGUGACCAAGGUUUCCAACGAGUACAUUGAGAAGCUGCAAAGACUGCGAUCGGAGCUCAAGGCCAAGAGCAACUUGUCGCGAAGAUGA